GCGCCGGCGUGGGAGAGCAGGGCAGCAGGCGCACGACGCACGGGCGCAGGAGCUUCAGCUUCACCUUCACUGGUUUGUUCUCUUUCUUCCCCUCCCAUUUUGCCUCUCCCAAUUGCCUUAGGUGCCUACUGCCUAGCACUUAGCACUUAGCAUUUAGCAGUGUUAUCACCGAUUCAUCGUGAUGGCGACCGAAGGUUCAAGUAGUGAUGCUGGUGGUGGUGUUUCUGCAACAUCGACAGAUGUUAGAGCUCCAUUGUGGGAUCAUGUCCACAUUUUAGACAGACCUAGAGCAAGGGGGGGGGGCAAUACUAGAUGGAAGUGCAAGUAUUGUUCAUACGAAGGAUUCAGUAGCUACACUCGAGUUGAAGCUCAUUUGCUGCAGAAGAAGGGAAAGGGAGUGGGUAUAUGUCCGAAGGUGUCUAUUGAUUUGCUUAGCCAAAUGAGAAGAGAUGUUCUAAGUUGCAAAGAAUUAGUAGAAAGGUCAAGACAGAGAACUGUGUCUUUGCCUACUACGGGUUCUUCAUAUGGUGGCAGCACGAACAAGAGAGGACCUGCAAGUGCAUUGGAGAAAUUUUGGGCAAUGGAGGACCGUAAGCAUUUGGAUGCUCUAAUUGCUAGAUCAUUCUAUUCUGGAGGGAUAUCUUUCAAUUUUGCAAGAAAUCCAUAUUUUCAACAAGCAAUUUCCUUUGCUUGUAACCGCAACUUGGCAGGUUAUAAAAUGCCUGGGUACAACAAGCUUAGAACUUCGCUUCUGAAGCAAGAAAGAGGUCACAUUGAGAUGCUAUUGCAGAGUUCAAAGAGCACAUGGCAGGAGAAGGGAGUGACAAUUUGCGCUGAUGGAUGGUCAGAUCCGCAGAGGCGACCACUCAUCAACUUUGUUGCUGUUUCUGAGAAGGCACCUAUGUUCUUGAGGACUGAUAAUUGUGAAGGGCAAGUGAAGACAAAAGAAUACAUUGCUGAGAAGCUUAAGUCUGUUAUUGAAGAAGUGGGUCGUCAAAAUGUGGUACAAAUCAUCACAGACAAUGCUGCAAAUUGCAAAGGUGCGGGUCUUCUUAUUGAAGCUGAAUAUGAGAAUAUAUUCUGGACACCAUGUGUUGUGCAUACUCUCAAUCUUGCUUUGAAAAGUAUUUGUGAACCAAAACUCCCAAAGAAUGAAGAGGAGGAAUUUGUUUGGAAACAACUUGAAUUUAUACAUGUUAUUAAAAGUGAAGCCCAAAUCAUCAAGAAUUUUAUAAUGAACCAUGGCAUGCGGCUUUCUAUGUUCAAUGAGUUUAGCCAUUUGAAGCUACUAGCUAUUGCUGAAACACGAUUUGCAUCAGUUGUGUGUAUGUUGAAACGGAUGGUGGAGGUAAAAAUGCCUCUUAAGCAAAUGGUAAUUAGUGAAGCAUGGGACAUUUACAAAGAUGAUGCUCAAACAGCAGCUCUAGUCCAUGACAAGGUAUUGAGUGAGGUUUGGUGGAGGAAUGUGGAGUACAUACUUAAGAUUACUACUCCUAUCUAUGAGAUGAUACGUGUGGCGGACACUAACACACCAUGUCUUCACUUGAUUUAUGAGAUGUGGGAUUCUAUGAUUGAGAAAGUGAAGAAAGAGAUAUAUCAAUGGGAAGGAAAGCAGCCAGAUGAGGAGUCGGACUUGUACUUGGUUAUUCAUAAGAUAUUAGUUGAUAGGUGGACAAAAGGCAAUAAUCCACUUCAUUGUAUGGCUCAUUCACUCAACCCAAGAUAUUAUAGCCAAGAGUGGCUACAUGGAGGUGUUGGUCGUGUACCUCCACACAAGGACAAAGAGGUAUCGAAAAUGAGGAUGACACGCUUCAAGAAGUACUUCCGCAUACCAACAGAAUUGUCUCAAGUGAAAGAAGAAUACGCAAGGUUCUCUAGUUGUUCCGAAGAAUUCAAUGAUCCUGACUCCCUCCAUGAUAGAUGGUUUGUUUCUCCCAUGACUUGGUGGACAAAUCAUGGACAAUCUGUUCCUUUAUUGAUGAAUUUGGCCAUCAAAUUGGUUAGCCAACCAGCCUCAUCUUCCUGUUGUGAGAGAAAUUGGAGUACAUAUAGCUUCAUUCAUAGUGUCAAAAGAAAUGCCCUAACUCCAGAGCGUGCUGAAGAUUUGGUCUAUGUGCACUCAAAUUUGAGACAUCUCUCAAGAAGGACUGAUGAUUACAAGAAAGGGGAAUCAAAGAUGUGGGAUGUGGGAGGAGAUUCUUUUGAAUCUCUAAGUGGUUUAGGAAUUCUUGAAGUGGCUAACCUUUCUCUUGAUGAGCCUGAAUUGCAAGCCGUGUCUUUUGGAGAUGUGGAGGCUGGUAUUUGGGAAAAUGAAGAUGAAGCAAAUCCUGAACAAACCUAGUUGCAUACUUGGAUGAACUUGCAAGCUACUAUCCUACCUAUUAUGUUAUGUAAUAGAACUUAAGUAGAACUUGCUAUCUGCUAUGUUGAACUUCUAUGUUUCAUUGUG